AUGCCGCCGCAGUCUCCCCUCGGUGCUGAGGCCGCUCCUCCUGCCACCACUGCCGCGACUGCCCCCCCGGCCGCCCCGUCGGUCACCGCCCCCUCUCCGACCGGUGCCGCGCCCGCUCCUGUCCCGGUUGCCAUGAGUCCCUCGGCUGCCAUGACUCCCUCGGCUGACACGAUGUCCGCGGCCACGGCCGCCGCCGCCGCCGCCGCCGCCGCCGCCGCCGCCAUCAACAUGUCCCUCCCCCAGGCCCCCGGUACCCCGGUGGCCGGUGGUGCUCAUAUGGCGCCGCAGAUGGCCGGCCUGAUCCCGCCGCAGACUCCGGCCGGGCUGGUUCCCGGUCAGGCCGGGCUCAUGCACCCGGGUGUCGGUCUGACCACCCCGAUGUCCGGUGCCGCGUCGGUGCCGCCCGGCUCCACCCCCGGUGCCCUCAUGCAGCAGACCCCCGGGAGCAUGAUGCAGCAGACCCCCAGCAGUGGGCUCAUUCCCCAGGGCACCCCCGGGUCCAUGGUGGCCAACCGCACCCCGGCCGAGGCGGAGUCCUACAACCGUGAGCUGUACCUCCGUCGCCGGCGUGACAACCAUCGCGAUGUGGAGCGCCGCCGGCGCGAGGCCAUCAACCACGGCAUCAACGAGCUGGGCAAGCUCCUGCCCGGCAACACUCCGGUCCCCGGUCCGGAUGGCGUGAUCAUCAUGGAGAAGAACAACAAGGGUGCCAUCCUCCACAAGGCCGUGGAGUAUGUGCGCUAUCUGCAGCGCACCACCAUCCAGAAUGUCGAGCGCAUUCGCACGCUGGAGGCCCGGACGCGCGAGGCCGAGCACCGCGCCGCCGUCUUCGACGACCGGGUCCGCAGCAUCCAGGAGGAGGCCAACAGCCAUGUGCGCUCGGCUGAUGAGCGCUCGCGCGCGGCCCAGCAGCGCUCCGAUCUGUCGGAUGAGGCGGCUGCCGCGCGUGUUCGCGCGGCCGAGGAGCGCAUCCGCAACGCCGAGGAGCGUGUCCGCCUGGCCGAGAUGAACACCUCCGAGCGCAUCCGCAACAUCGAGAAGGAGGCCAAUGCGCGGGUUCGCGCGGCCGAGGAUCGUGCUCGUGUGGCCGAGGAGCAGUCCGAGACCCUGGCUUCGCGCAUGACCGAUGCCGAGGCCCGCCUGGGCCUGGGUGAUGCCCUGCGCUCCGAGAAUGAGGCCCUGCGCGAGCAGAACGCCCUGCUCCAGGAGCAGCUCCGUGCCACUCAGCGUGCGGCUGGCCUCUCGGUUGACGAUGGUCUCAGCUCCUCGUCCUUGCUUUCGCCGGUUGUCUCGAUCAAGGGGGGGCUUGACAGCUCGCCCUCCCUGGCCGGCACCCCGCGCUCUCCUUGA